CCUUGAGCCAGCUCAUGCCAACAAAUUAUCAACCAAGUUAGCUUAUUAUUAAUAUUCCUGUCCAAAUAAAACCACAUCUUCACCUCUCUACACACACACAUACCAAACCUCAUCUUAAUUCUCCUUCACUAACUUACCAACAUGGCACUCACUACUACACCUCUUGUACUCAUUCUUCUUACUCUCAUUCCCUUUCUAACAGCACAAAAAGCACCAGCACCAGCACCUUCAGGCCCAAUAAACAUCACUGGAAUCUUUGAUAAAGCUGGCCAAUACACCACCCUAAUUCGCCUCCUCAAUGAAACUCAACAACUCACUCAAAUUCAAUCUCAACUCAAUUCCACUUCACAAGGCUUCACAAUCUUCGCCCCAACGGACAAUGCCUUCCAAAAUCUUCCAUCAGGAGCACUCAACGAUCUCUCAGACGAACAAAAAGUUCAACUCAUUCUCUACCACGUCACACCAAAAUGUUACUCUCUUUCUGAUUUCUUAACCGUUAGUAACCCAGUUAGAACACAAGCUUCUGGUAAAGAUGGUCCUUGGGGUCUUCACUUCACUUCACAAGGUAAUCAAGUUAAUGUUUCUACUGGAGUUGUUACCGUACCAAUUAACAACGCUUUGAGACAACAAUUUCCUUUGGCUGUUUAUCAAUUGGACAAGGUUUUGUUACCUUCUGAACUUUUUGGAGCUAAGUCUCCGGAUUCAUCUCCGGCUCCUAAAUCGUCGAAAACUCCUUCUUCUAAAACUCCAAGCAGCCCCAUUGAAGGUGAUGCUCCAGCGCCUUCGUCUACUAAGAAGGAUGAUAGUGCGGCUGGGAGGAAUGUUGGAUUUGGAUUCGUUGUUGGAUUUGGUUUGAUUUGCAUGGGAAUUCUUUUUUGAUGAGAAACUGUUUUCAUGUAACUUUUCAUUUGUUCUUCUUUGUCCUUUUUCUUGUUGGGUUUGAUUUCAUAUGAACCUGGCUUAUUCUUUGUAUGUAAUUUAUGCUUUUAUUUUUACAUGUAUGUAUUGCUUGUCUUACAUAUUUUGAAGGAUUUAAAGGACAUGUUUGGUGAAAAAAAAUAUAAGGUUUUAAACACUUUACUUUA